UGAUAUAUUCGAUGCCAUGUUCCCUGUUACACACAUCGCAGGAGAAACAGUCAUACAACAGGGUGAUGAAGGAGACAACUUCUAUGUGAUUGACCAGGGUGAGGUGGAUGUUUAUGUCAAUGGGGAGUGGGUCACCAGCAUCGGAGAAGGAGGCAGCUUUGGGGAGCUGGCACUGAUCUAUGGGACACCUAGGGCUGCCACUGUCAAGGCCAAGACAGAUCUGAAGCUCUGGGGCAUCGACAGAGACAGCUACAGACGCAUUUUAAUGGGCAGCACGCUGAGGAAGAGGAAGAUGUAUGAAGAAUUCCUGAGCAAGGUCUCCAUUUUGGAGUCCCUGGACAAAUGGGAGCGGCUGACAGUGGCUGAUGCACUGGAACCUGUCCAGUUUGAAGAUGGGGAAAAAAUUGUUGUGCAGGGAGAGCCUGGUGAUGACUUCUUCAUUAUUACAGAGGGCACAGCUUCAGUCCUGCAGCGCAGGUCUGACAACGAGGAGUAUGUUGAAGUUGGAAGACUUGGGCCAUCAGACUAUUUUGGUGAGAUAGCCUUGCUGCUCAAUCGGCCCAGGGCUGCCACGGUGGUGGCACGAGGACCCCUGAAGUGUGUGAAGCUGGACCGGCCACGCUUCGAGAGAGUGCUCGGGCCCUGCUCCGAGAUCCUCAAGAGAAACAUUCAGAGAUACAACAGCUUCAUUUCACUCACUGUCUAAAUGAUUCCUCUGGAAAGCUGCCUUUGUGUGACCUUGUGCACUUCAGUUUUGCUCUGUGCAGCUCCAUGGCUUUAUGAAGAAAAAAAAACCCCACAAAUAAUGCAUUUUCUGUGUACUUUUUUCUGUUUAUGUCACGUGGUGGAUGUCAGUUCAAAUCUCACGUAUCAUGGAAGUGGGAGGAUAACUGGAUAAGACUAGCUUCGGGGAAGAUUGGGGCUCUUUUUGGCUCUUGGCUUGCAGGCAAGAUUUUUACCUAUUGUUGGAUCAUAUAGCUUAAACCAGUGGUUUUAAGUAGUUAAAAUACAUAUGAAUUUCUGUUUUCUUUAUCUUUAAAGUUGGUCUUAUUCACCUUUUCUCCAGCUUCUUUGAUCAAGCAGUGUGGAUGGUGUCCCUGCCCAUGGCAGGGGGUUGGAACUAGAUGGUCUUUC